AUGAAGGGACGCCCCGUCGACCAGCUCGUUUACGAGCACAUGUUUCCGAAGCCACGCGCGAGCGAUCCCCAGAACUUCCAUGCCCUUUUGCAGCGCAGCCUCAUCCUGGAGGUUCGUCAAGAGGUCCACUCAUUCUACGGUCACCUUGACACCCAAGAAGCAAAGUACCCAGGGCUCGACUAUUGCAACCCCAUCCACCGCAUUCGCCUGAGCCGCUGGACCUGGCACCGUCGACUGUUUCGAGCUUUUGACAACCUUCGCCUGACUCACAACGAGAUUGCAGGCUUGACAAAGUGGGAGGGCACAAAAUGGGCCAAGGAGCGCUUCGAGAAGGAGCAGGGCAUUACCAUUCGUGAUACUGCUGGUGACGGGUUUCCGGACUGGGUCGAACCAGAGGAUCGCCCACCCGUACCCAGCCGCAAUGCGAGAUCACAGUCAGUAGAGACGGACGAUGCGACGGACCCCGGCGAUGAGGACAUGGAUGGCGAAGAAAGCGACGAGGAGCUCCACAGUGUUGGUGAGGCCCUGAAUCAAAGACUAAGGGAGAGGGCAGCGCAGCGGGAAGCUGGAGAUAUGUCUACCGUUCUCGAUGAGGAAUGGGAGCAAUGGCUAAAGAACGUUAUCGAGAGCGGCGAAUUGCCGUUCAUCAGCAGCAGCCAAAUUGCACAGCGGGGAGUUGCCGACGCUGCCCCGACCCUUUCGCCCUUUCCUCCUGGAAUGCUGACCGCUGCCCGAGCUGGACAGUGGCAAGCCAUCCCUGAUUUCCUUCACGACAUAAUCCGCCGUACUCUCGAGUCGCAAAAUCCCAGCGGCGAGGAUGAUGUGUCUCCGCCACCUCAUGCCAGAGAGCGCAGAGGUACUGACGAACACCACAUUGGUGGUAUUGCAAGUUGGCGACGAACUCAUUCAGGUCUUCGUCUUCCGGUUGGCGAUAGUGCACCCGCCCCACCACUGCAUCGCGCAGCGCAGGCUCCAGGCGCUUAG